AUGGCCCCCCAGGAUGUCUGGGAAUGCAUAAAGCCGGUGGCCGGCGGGCCCAGGACCAAGUGGGACCAAAACGUGAAGGACUUUGAGGUCGUCGAAGCCAUCAGCGACGCCGUCUCUGUGUGCAGAACCACAACCCCUUCAGCUUUCAUGAGGAUUAUUUCACCAAGAGAAUUUGUGGAUGUGGUACUAAUGAAGCAAUAUGAAGAUGGGACGAUGCUAUCUGCUGCCACCAAUGUGGAGCACCCGCUGUGUCCUCCUCAACCAAAUUUCGUGAGAGGUUUUAAUUAUCCCUGUGGCUGUUUCUGUAUCCCUCUUCCAGGGGAGCCAGACAGGACCCAACUCCUCAGUUUCUUUCAGACUGAUCUUGGUGGCUAUCUUCCCCAGACGGUGGUGGAUUCCUUCUUUCCUGCUAGCAUAGCUGGAUUUUACAGUAACCUGACCAAAGCUGUUAAGGCAUUAAAAGUGUGACAAGAACAAUUGCUGACAUCACCAGCUGAGGGUAGGAAAAAACCUGGCAGCUGGAGGGUAGAAAUAGGAAGUUGGCCUACAGGACUUUUCUACCAGCAAAGAUACUUGGGAAAGGUGAAAGGGGAACAAUGGAUUGAGUAAAGCAGAUUUUUAAAACAGCAUUUUCUACCCAUCUCUAUUCAAAGCAAUGCAUUUUUUUCUAAUACAAUAUCCUUCAUUUUCAUAAUUAGGCAAAUAUCACACCAGAGUCUGGAAGAAUCCUGGAGGCAGCACUGGUGGCUGUCUGCCGAGAAAAGAUGCACAUACCAGAUCCGUUCUUGGCCACACUUUGUCAGUGUCUGUGAGGAGGAGCAUUGCUAAAAUCCACUACAGCAUUAGCUAGGUGCAGGCUCAGCCCUAUUUUGUCUCUGAAGCUCCCCAUAGGUUCCUGUGGAACAAGGUUCCUUCCCCAAAAGAAGAGGUAGCACUUUUGUUGCUGGCAGGCAGUGGGUCCAAGCCAGCAAAUGGUAAAAGCCAGAACAAACUGGAUUGUGUGGAGGAUCCCACUUGUUUGUUCCAGCAGACUUCAGUACUAAUGGUAAAUAUGCCUUAAGUGCUUUUUUCCUAAAUUGAGGUCUAGCAGUGCAAAUCAUAGGUCUGUGGGUUGGCAAUUUUUUUUCUCCCCUCUGUACCAAAACCAGCGUUAUCUACAAUGUCAUGAAACAAACUGCACUGGCAUAGUGGCAGUAAAUAAAGAGGAUCAAGCACUUUACUUGCCAUUUUUUAAACUGCACUUGAAAUGACCAUUUUUUAACUGCACUUGAAUGUUUUUCAGUCUCUUGUGGUGAGAGGUUUUAACGGGUAAAUAAUCUUUUCUGGAGCUUAGUCUUGACUUGACAGGCCGUAAGGACAUUGCUUUUUCUCUAAGACCGGUUUGCCUCGCAGUGCUAUCUUGGGAAAUCAGCUUCUGAUCUUGUGUGCAGUGAUGUGUCCAGCUUUAGAGAAUAUUUAUGGUGCUGCUGGUUACUGCAGGAAUGUCAGAUGUUACUAUGGAUUACAUAUACUUACAGAAGUAAAACUAAUUGCUGAAUUAGGAAUUUAAAUGCAGGUUGUGAUUUUAAUGCUGUAACUCGAUUAUUUAACAA